CUUAUUACUGGUAGAUUACGAGAAAAACUAAAAAGGCUUCGGAUAGGAGAAAAAAGUAGUAUAAGUACUAGUGACGCGAUUCUUUUGAAUUGAGAGAUCUUCUCCCUCGGAGACCUCAGUUGCCAUCUUCGCCCUCACUGGAGGCAGAGGACAGUCUCUGUUCCUCUUGGAGUCGAUCUCAAACUCCAUAGCCAUCCCUUUGCUUCGACCAGAUGGCACAACAUUCUUCCUCUUCUCAAUCCGAUCUAUCUCUUUCUCGCAACUCUUCUCUCAGUCGUCUCAACGCUCAGGCUCCUGAGUUCGUCCCCACUCGUCCCUCCACUCGUCCCGAUCUACAACCACUGCCCCCUCCACCCAAGCAAUCUCCACGUAUUCUCAUCCCUUCUCCUCCUCCUCCUCCUCCUCCGGCUAUGAUGCAUGGUUAUCCUCCCCCUCCUCCUGGAUCUCCCUUCCAUGUUCCCAUUCAGACAACCCCUGUCCCUGUCCCCACUCACGUCGUUUCCCUUCAGAAUCAUCCCUAUCAUCCUCAUCAUCGCCACCACCACCAUUCUCAUCACGUUCCUGUGCUCUAUCACCCUCAUAAUCCUCAGUAUUAUGCGGACAAUGGCGGGUUUCAUGACCCCGACACGCCGGUUGUGCAGCCAGCUCAGAAGCCUCUGCUUGAGUCCGACUACGCUGCUCCAUCUAGGAGUAAACUCACCGAUGAAGUCUCCCAAAAGCUUUUGAAUCAGGUGGAAUAUUAUUUCAGUGAUUUAAACUUGGCGACUACUGAUCAUUUGAUGAGGUUCGUCAAUAAAGAUCCCGAUGGAUAUGUUCCUAUAUCGGUUGUUGCAUCAUUCAAGAAGAUUAAGGCUCUCAUUAAUAGUCACUUUCAGCUAGCCAAUAUUUUGCGGAACUCUUCUAAGCUUUUGGUAAGUGAAGAUGGAAAGAAAGUCAAACGUAAGCAGCCAUUUUCUGAGUCAGAUAUGGAGGAGCUGCAAUCUCGUAUAGUAAUUGCGGAGAACUUACCAGAGGAUCAUUGCCACCAAAACCUCAUGAAGAUAUUUUCUGCUGUUGGGAGUGUUAAGAAUAUUCGAACUUGUCAACCUCAAAUCUCAGAUAGUGGAGCUUCUUCAACAUCUAAAUCUGCAAAAGCUGAUGGAAUGCAUUACAGUAACAAGUUGCAUGCAUUUGUAGAAUAUGAAUCAGUGGAGCUGGCGGAGAAGGCUGUUGCAGAACUAAAUGAUGAAGGGAAUUGGAGAAAUGCGCUUAGGCUUCGUUUGAUGCUUUCAUGCUCGUCAAAAUCUGCUCCAGUUCGUGGGAAGAAGGGACAUAAUGGGGAGAUGAACUACAAAGAUGUGGAUGCCUCUGAACAGCCGGCUAUUGAGAAGCAUGUAGAUGAUCUUUCUGAUCAAGUCGAUGUUCAUCCACCUGAACAAAUCAGUUUCGCCCUUCGGUUUGGUCAGACCAGUUCGAUCAAUCAAAGCAAGCUCAGACCAGAAUCUAUCCAUGGAGAGGAGUUAAUGCAAGAGAGGCUUGAGAACAAUUACCUGAUUGUGCCAAGCGAGAAGAGCAUGGAAAUGAGAAGGAUGGUGGUGGGCAGAGAAGAGUUCGAAAUAGGGUACGUGGUAAAGGGCGUGGUCGAUCACAAUACCAUCAUAAUCACAAUAAUAUACAUAACCAUGGGAACCAUGUGGGAACACCACCUCCAAGUAGUUCAACCACCAUCGAGCAGGCAGGUACGAUGAAACAGCAGCCUCCAGGGCCACGAAUGCCAGAUGGGACAAGAGGCUUUGCGAUGGGGCGGGGGAAGCCAGUGACUGUGAAUAUGACAUGAAGGGAAUGGAAAAUACAUGGAGAGGAGUGUGUGUGUGUGUCUGUAUGGGUAGAAGAAAGAGUAUGGUGCGGAUGGAAGCUGUCUAAUUGAUAGGGCAAAAAGCAAAGGCAAAGCAAAACAAUGGUGUGUUGAUAGCAGGGUUUUAGUAGGGCUGUCAAAAACCAUUGAAUUGUUGCUUUGGUUGAAGAUGUAAGAGUUUUAGUUUUUAAUGUAUUUGGAAAAAGGAAAAGGAAAAGGUGUCGUCCCCAUCCCCGCUUUCUAAUCUCCACUUUUCUUUAGGGAUUCAUUAAUUAAUGUGAAGAAGCAACGAUUAUUAUUUUUAAGCAAUAUGUGAAAAACCAAUGGGGAUGUUGGCAACAUUUCGCUAAUACGCAGUUGGUGACUCAAUUUGCCUUGUAUAAUGCAUAUUUGCUCAUUGUCUUUCUAA